AUGCUUCUAGACUCCAUCGAUCCCGUGAGAGAAUCACUGAAAGAAGUCGCUGUCAAUCUGUGGACGAUUGCAGACCACCUUUUCCUAUAUCGUCAAUCCGUUCAACCACCAGACUGUACCUCCUGGAAAGAUGGCCACGGCGGGUUUUUCGUCCUGUCCGACGCAAAACCACCAACACUGGAAUCACUUUCUCCCAUCCCGCCUAUUCCGCUAGUCUACGAUGUCGGGGAUUCGCACGCUGUGUGGGAGAUGGGCGACGCAUUCUUAAAAGUUCUCAUCCCUUUAUCGCCCGACACCACACGAGAACAUGUGACUUUAGAGGCACUCCACCAAAUGAAUCUCAGUUUCACCCUCCCAAAAGUCCUUUACCACGGCGAAUGGAAUGAACGAUACUACCUCGUCGUAUCCAAAAUCCCUGGACAGACACUCUCCAAAGCGUGGCCAUACAUGUCUGAAACUUGUCGAGAUCAGUGCGUUGAUGGCGUUGUCAGCAUUUGUAAAGAACUUGCCGCAACGCACGCUGAACAGAUUACUGGCAUUGAUGGAAACCACGUUCCCGAACAAUGGUUAGCUGACAAUUCGCCACGGAGUCCUUCGGGUACACCUCCCAAGUACGAAUUCGAUUUCCGACCAGAGACGUUUCUGAAAAAUUGUCGGGAAGUAGAAGGGAUGGAUUGUUCUUUACCUUUCCAAUUCUACCAUUGCGACUUGGGCCCAGGGAACAUCAUUGUGGAUUUUGUGGCGGAUCAAGUCGUGGUGGGCGUAAUUGAUUGGGAGUGUGCGGGCUUUUUCCCGAGACAUUGGAUUCGGACCAAAUUCCGUAUGUGCAGCAGCAUGGAUUUGCCUGAGGGAGAUACGUCGGAUUGGAGGGCACGUAUGCAGAGGAAGUUGGGAGAGGAAGGUUUUCCUGAAGUUGCUGAGGCGUGGAUGGUUUGGCGGGGUAUUGCGUGAGGGAGAUUCUCAUCGGCCAGAUUGUUGAUAUCUUGCGCGGUAGAGGAGGCACGAGAAGAAUCAUCUGGGAUUUGCUAUAUAGUAAAAGCAUACCUAUGGUUUCCCCGGAAAGUGAAAGACGAUCUUCUGAGUUAUGAGAUGGUAUGGAAUGAC